AUGGGACGAGUGAUUGUCAAGAGACAGAUGCCUACUCGCAUAGAUCGAGCACAACCCUAUCGCCGCCGCUACGUUGGUCGUGACAUACCGGAAAUGUGGCACCUCUGGACCUAUGCGAUGAGACGUGGAUGGCAGAACCGGCCUCGAGAAGUGCUGGCACCCAACCUCGACUUCAGCUUCCACCCACUGCGCAUCUGUUUGGACUGUGAGAGACCAGUGAAAGUCACAGAGUAUUGCGACGGAAACUGGGAAAUCAUCAACCGGACAUGUCGCUUCCAUCGCUACGCACCCGACUCAGGCUUGACCAGCGCGAAAGACCACCCCAUGCUGCCUAUCAUGUUCCCCAGCCCAGCUCACACCAAGACCCACCACGUCGGCAGCUGCAUCGUCAACAACACGCCAAUCAUUUCAGCCAACAAUGGCCUUGCUCAAUCAGUCUACUUCUUGCGGUGCACGGGCACUUACGUCAACUCUAUCGGACAAGCAAUCACCGUCGGGAAGAGCAUCCGACGUGCAAAAGUGGGUGAUAUGAAGAGGGUCCCGGUGGUUCGUGCUGGCAUACCUGCCAUUGUGCCCGAGGAGGCCCCCUUUGAGGUUCGGUAUGCCAAUGCCGUCCUCAAUGCAUGGGGCAUGGGUGACGACGAGGCGCUGAAGGACACGGUGAGGUGUCGCAUCACCGGUGGAGGUGAUAGCUUCAAGUGUGGGAUAGGAGGCCGUGGCGUCAAGGCCGGCCAGGUUGGCACGACCGGGGGGGUCGCAACCUGA